CGGCACGGAGCCCCUCAUUCGGUUCGGAUCCGCGCUUCGCUGCGUCUCUGAACAGUUUUUGACUUUUGCCAGAUUUCUCCUGUUUUUGGUUCCUUUGGAGCGCGCGGCCUGCACGUGCACGCGCAUGGGCUUCCGAGCAACGUUCCCCUGACUGCGUCUCCGUUCGUCUCCAGCAUGGAUUUGGCGUGGAUUGCGGGGUUCGUGGUGAGCGCAUGCGCCUGGUGCGCCUCGGCGGAGCGGCACAGCGUCUACUGGAACAGCAGCAACACCAAGUUUCACCUGGACGACUACGCCGUGGAGGUGAAGCUCAACGACUACCUGGACAUCGUCUGCCCCCACUACCCCCAGGGCGAGGUGCCCCUGCUGGACGCCGAGCGCUACGUGCUCUACAUGGUGGAGCGCCAGGACUACGAAACCUGCAAGCCCCAGUCGUACGACCAAAUGCGCUGGGAGUGCAGCCACCCGUUCUCCCCCCACGCCCCGGAGAAGUUCUCCGAGAAGUUCCAGCGUUUUACUCCGUUCACGCUGGGAAAGGAGUUUCGUCAGGGAGAGAGCUACUAUUACAUCUCAAAGCCUUUGCACCAUCAUGGCCAGGAGUGUCUCCGGCUCAGAGUGGACGUCAUAGCAGCUGAUGGUUCUCAAGAGGCCAGAGUGGGUAACGGACGGAGGGGCGGGGUUGUGGUUGGAGCAGGCGGCGGCGUUCACAACCCGUCCAACAGAAUGCCUGCAGCAGACGACCCGGUGGUGGUUCUGCCAGACGUUCAGAAGAGCGUCCGGAGCGCUGCGGCUCCGUCGCUCUCCGCCCUCUCGCCGCUGCUCUCAGUGCUGCUUUUGCUGCUCUGAGGCGUUCCUGUUGGCGGACGGCUGCUUCUGUCACGGACUACAAUGAAGAACGCCUGCGGGUUUGGAAACCAGCGGCCCACAAAGAGCGCGCCCGGUGCUGGCCACAGGGAGAGACGCUUUGAGCCGGGGAACGUCAGACAAAGUUCUGGUGCUUUGUCCCACUUUUUCAUGAGGAGGGGGUCUUCUUUUGUGAGAGACAAAGCUCACUUUGAGUUAGUCUACAGGACCCCCCCCCCCCCCCCCCCCCCCUCUGUAAAUGUGUGGCAAACUUUAAAAAAAAAGAAAGAUGUGAAGCAGCUGCAGAACAAACCUCAAACUGGACCAACGAUGACAUCUGCAGUCAUGAGAUGCAUCCGUGACCCUUUGAGCCAAAGAGCAGACCCUCACACCCCCCACUGUUGUGCACUCCUUGUUGUGUUUUUGUCGUCGGUGUGACGACUUUCUCUACAUGUAGCAUCUACGACGCAGGAGCUCCUCUGGUUUUUAUGCAGAUUCUUUGCUCCUGAACAGAAACACUGCUAAGUUCACUGCAAAAACGUUCAGUCUCUCCAAUUUUUAGUUAAAUAUAAUGAUUGAACUUGAUGUUAAUAGAUCAGUUUUUAUGAAAGAACAACCUGAAGAUGUGAAUGUUCAUUUGAUAAAGGAAAUAAAUCUGCCCAGAAAAAACAUUUUAAUAAAUAAAUAGUGGUGGCAGAUUUGUUUUUUUGUAUUUUAAGUUAAAUUUUUUAUUUCUUUAACCAUUUUUAUCUGUUAAAUGGCACCAAAUUGGUAAAAUGAGCUAAAUAUUUGUGAAAAUUGAACGUUUUUGCAGUGUUUGUUGGCGGAUGAAGCACUGUCAUCCCAAGCUGUGUCCAUCAUUUCUGUGUAUAUUCUGUGAAGAUAAUUUAUGACAUUUGCAGCUGAGAAGUGUCCACGAGCCUCUCCUCCCAAACGUUUCCUGGUGGCAGCGUGGGGGGCGGAGCCUGUGUCUGUGUGACUGUGACGUGGCGUGUCGGUGAUGGUGGGGAGAGGUGGAAGUGCUGAUUGAAGAGGUUUUUCUGCCAAACACUGGGAUGUGUGUGAGAACACAGAGACCUUCACCGUUUCUCAAAGCUGCUCCUUGUUUUAUACAAAUGGACUUUUUAUGGUUUUUUCAGUCAAAACAUUGAGAUGUUUGUGACGGUCACCAGUUUACAGCCGAGACACAGCAUCAGACGUGGUCGCCAAGUUUGUUUUUCCACCGCACAGGAAGGAAGGAUGAAGUACAGCGAGGGCGAUGCUUUCACCCCCAUUUCUGUCUUCUUACCUGGACUCUCGUUGCCUAAUUUUGUACAUUUGUAAUUAGGAGAAAUGUAUAUUAUAUGUAUAUGUGUACAUAUAAAUAUAUAUAUUAUA